AUGUAUCUUAUCCAAAGCGCGUACUCCCUGUAUUUGGGUCUCUUGCUCUUGCUCUGCGGCAGCGGUGCAGCACUCGUCCACUUCUUGAAACCUACCGACUUGAAACAAUCGCCUGGAAAAAAGAGAUGGGCAAUGCCGCCAGGGCCACCGGGUGUCCCAGUCCUGGGAAAUUUGCGACAGAUGAUGCACGCCCGCCGUGGGGCCCUUUCAUUCAAUCAAUGGUUGACCUCGUUGAUACCGUACGGUGAAAUGGUGACGUUGCACAUGGGAUCCAAAACGUGGGUGGUGCUCAACUCCGACCGUGUCGUCUCGGAAAUCAUAGCCAAGCGAGGGAAGAUCACCAACGAGAGACCCCAUAUGCCCGUUGCCAGUGACCUUGUGAGCAAUGGAAAGCGUACAGUGAUACGACAAGAAGAGGAGUGGCGAGAAGGACGCCGUGUGAUGCAUCAAUUGCUCAGCGGCUCCAACCUCAAGGUGUAUGCCGGCAUGCAGGAGCUCGAGAGUGUGGAUAUGCUACGCCGAUAUCUUCGCGAGCCCAACCUUUGGUUUGCGCACAACUUUCGCUAUGCUACCUCCGUGCUUUACCGAAUUGUGAUGGGCUAUCCCUUGAACAAGACCAGAGCAGAGCUUGAUGACUAUCAGAGAGUGACGAUCGAGUUCGUCACAACCAUCAACCGCAGCUACGUGGAUUUCUUCCCGUCAAUCAGCAAGCUUCCCCAUAUCCUACAGCCCUGGCGUCGUUUCUGGGCUCAGAUGGGUUCGUUUCACCGCCGUGUUUUCCAGGACUGGUGGACGCCUAUCAAAGCUGCGGUAACCAACGGCUCAGCGCCGCCCUCCUUCGUCCGCGACGUUCUUCUUCAUCCUGAUAUGAGGUUCUCGGGAGAUGAUGAAGAGGCCAUGUACCUGGCUACGUCGGUCAUGGCAGCCGGCGGUGACAACACACGCAUGACGAUCAACGUGUUCAUCAUGGCCAUGGUCACCCGCCCUGAAGCGCAGGCCCGCGCACGCGAGGAAGUCGACCGAGUGUGCACGGAUGGAGAAGCGCUCAGGCUCCCCCGGAUGUCGGAUCUAUCAUCCAUGCCCUACGUGGCCGCUAUGAUCAAAGAGGUUCUACGCUGGCGUCCAACGGUCCCUGUUGUUCCCCCUCACCAACUCACCGAGGACCUGGAGUUCGAUGGAUAUUUUAUCCCUGCCGGCACCAAUUUCCUCAUCAACUCGAUCGGGCUGUCGAGUGAAUUUGACAAUGCCCAUGAAUUCCAACCCGAGAGGUGGAUUGACGCUUCAGGAGCUGAAAAGAUACCCAACUUCUGGGGAUUUGGAGGCGGUCGUCGGAUCUGCGUCGGAUGGAAAGUCGCCGAGCAAGCUUUAUUCAUUGCAUUUGCCCGGUUGCUUUAUUGCUUUGAAUUGACUCCGAAUGGACCUAUCGAUGACAAGAGACUCAACCACCAGGGCCUUAACGAGCCAUUCCCUGUGAAGGCGACUGUUCGCAGCGCCGCGCACGCAUCGCUCAUUGAGGGGGAAGCGUCUAAGUAUGAAGCAUCAUUCUCCACAUUCGGGGCUAAGUGA